AUGAGUGCGGACGGGAAUAACAACAAAUCAGGAUCGAAAGAGCUUCCAAAACAAGAGACAAAGAGAUUGGAUUUGGCAAAAGUAGAUCCGAAAUGUGCUGAAUGGAUGGAUGAUUGUAUCAAAAGACUCAAUUCAUUGUAUAAUAAUACAGGAACUGACAUCUGUAAUAUCAUGUCUGGAUUUGAAAUCAUUGCAAUCAUUCGUCUCGUUGAGAAUAUCUUUAUGGAUGAAAGUAAUCUUUGUGAAGCUGAAGCACCGAUCAAAGUCGUCGGAGAUAUUCAUGCACAAUUCCAAGAUCUCAAUCGUCUGUUCGAUUUGAUUGGAAGAGUUCCAGAGGAGAAAAUGAUGUUUUUGGGGGAUUACGUGGAUCGUGGACCACAAGGAAUCGAAGUUCUCAUGCUCCUCUUCUGCCUGAAAAUCCGUUAUCGUGAUCGUAUUUUCAUACUUCGUGGAAACCAUGAAACAGCUUCAGUCAAUAAGAUUUAUGGAUUCUACGUGGAAUGUCAGAUGAAAUACGGUGUCGGAAUCUGGUGGGACUUCCAAUCCUGCUUCAAUCGUAUUCCAAUGGCUGGUUUGAUCUCGAAAAAAGUGUUGUGUAUGCAUGGAGGAUUGUCUCCUGAACUCGUCUCUCUUGAUACAAUCAGGAAUAUUCCACGUCCAUGUGAACCACUUGAUCGUGGAUUACUUAUCGAUUUGUUGUGGUCUGAUCCGACAAAUAAGGGAGAAGGAUGGUUCCAUUCUAUCAGAGGAAUCAGUUACAUGUUUGGAAAGGCAGUAGUCGAACAAGCGUGCAAAACUCUUGACAUUGAUCUCAUUAUUCGUGCCCAUCAAGUCGUUCAAGAUGGAUAUGAAAUGAUGACUGGACGUCGUUUGAUUACUGUAUUCUCUGUUCCCAACUACUGUUCUCAAUUCACAAAUGCAGCUGCUGUCGUUUGUCUCAACGCGAAUUUGGAGAUUUCAUUCCAACAAAUGUUGCCUCCUCCACUUCCACCAACUGCUAAGGCGAAGGCCGCUCCUUCCAUUGCCAAUGAUACGAAUGUUGAGAAUGCGAAGGCUGACAAAGAGUUCAUUAAACCAUUUGUCAAAGUCUGA